CGUGGCUGCGUCCCGGUCACCGGAAGAAGCCGUGUGACGUCACGAGGGCCUACGCGUCGCGCGGGGGGCAGGAGUUGACGGACGGUCUCUGGCUCCGUUUGGGCGGCCCUGGGACCACGGAAGAGGCUCUCUUGGGCGGCCGCGAUGCCUAGCUCGCGGCGGGUCAGUCAGCUUCUGGAUCUAUGCCUGUGGUGCUUCAUGAAGAACAUUUCCAGAUACAUCACAGACAUUAAGCCUUUGCCUCCCAACAUAAAAGAUAGACUGAUUAAAAUAAUGAGUGUCCAGGGGCAGAUAACAGAUUCAAAUAUAAGUGAGAUUUUACAUCCUGAAGUCCAAACUCUAGAUCUGCGAAGCUGUGAUAUUUCAGACACUGCUCUCCUGCACCUGCGCAACUGCAGAAAACUAAAGAAAUUAAAUUUAAGUUCCUCCAAAGAAAACAGAAUUUCCAUAACUUCAAAGGGAAUAAAAGCUGUGGCUUCCUCUUGUUCAUACCUGCAUGAAGCUUCUUUGAAAAGAUGCUGCAAUCUCACUGAUGAAGGAGUCCUUGCUCUUGCAUUCAACUGCCGGCUGCUAAAGAUCAUUGAUUUAGGUGGCUGUUUAGGUAUUACCGAUGUGUCCUUACAUGCAUUAGGAGAAAACUGCCCAUUUUUGCAGUGUGUUGAUUUUUCAGCUACUCAGGUAUCUGACGAUGGCGUGGUUGCGCUUGUUAAUGGAUCUUGUGCCAAGAAAUUAGAGGAGAUUCAUAUGGGACAUUGUGUGAAUCUGACUGAUGAGGCCGUAGAAGCUGUCCUCACUUGCUGUCCUCAGAUACGUAUAUUACUCUUCCAUGGAUGCCCCCUAAUAACAGAUCAUUCACGAGAAGUCCUGGAGCAAUUAGUAGGCCCCAACAAACUAAAGCAAGUGACAUGGACUGUUUACUAAUGCUUAUUAAAGCUUAUCAAAGCAAUGAUCAUACUACAUUCCCAGGAAACAAUGGUUUUAGAGAUUGGCUCUCCGAUAAUGUGCUUGUUGCUUUGAAGUUAACAGACCGUUAAACAUGUAAUAGUGCUAUUA